AUGCGGCUGGCUAUAUUUUUAGUAAAUAUUUUGCAUCCCCUGCUCUGCUCUAUUAUGAUAGACACUCUGUGCUGUGAAAGUCCUUACUACAUCCUCAUACUCUCUUUGGUGUAUGCCAUGAUCUUCAACAGAAGUAAAUCGCUUAAGUACAUUCCUUCUAUUAACUCUUUCUUCUUUAGGUUUGCCUGCUGCUGCAUUAUAAGCGUACUGGUUAAGUAUCCAUUUAAUGGUCCGAGGCCAGAAAAAAAAGAAUACCUUAUGCCGGAGGGGUGGUACAAGAUUCUUAACCUCUCUUCGGUCAACGGCUACAGCAGAAUACUUAUCACGCCAGAAAGAAUGAACAAGAGGCUGAGAGUGCAGCCUACGCUGGAGCUGUACAACAUUCCCGUGUCGUUUUCGCAGAUAAAAAACAGAUAUCUUCCGAGAACGGGAACACCGAGCAGCCACAGCGUGAUAUCAGGGUAUCUAAUGGGAAAGAUGGUGAAAAUGCAGUACAACCCCGUUCUGGCAGCGCUUCCCAUGGUAAUACCGAUUGCACGCGUGGUGUACAAGCACCACUACGUGUACCAGGUGCUGCUAGGCCUGGGCAUAGGAUAUUUGCUAAAUAAAACGUACUAUCUAUAG